AUGCCCGCUGCCUUCUCGGCCGAACUCGACACCAACAUCGCAACCCGCCAGGCCAGCAACUGCACCCAAUACUGCUCCAACAGCGCCGGCUGCGUCUGCACAGUCCGCCCAUCUGACUGCACCGCCUUCUACACCGUCCAGCCCUCCGACACCUGCCUUUCAAUCGCCAAGUCUUACAACAAUUUCACCGUCACGCAAUUCUACAAAUGGAACCCAUCCAUCGGUCAAACCUGUUUCGGCCUCCAGGCGUAUGUGCCCGUUUGCAUCGACACUCCGUGGUACGAGUACACGCCACCUGUGCAGCCGGACUUCGGAACCCACUACACUCCAGAUCAGACGCCGGUGCCGGUUAUGCCAAACAUCAUCAAAUCUUGCCAGGAGUUUGAGCUGGUUGCGCCUGGAAAGCGUGUUGACGCUCUGGCUGCGGAGAAUGGAUUCGAUGAGAGCAAGUUUUCUGAGUGGAAUGGAGGUGCCACGACUGCGUGGGCGGCGUACUGGGUUUGUGUGAAGGCUUAA